CCAAAAGUUCAACGCUCAUAUCUAUCUACUAGUUUUUUUGCUAUUGUACUCCUUGGUAUUGCCAUAAGUUGUUCAACUAUCAAGUAUCAAGGCUGAAGGCUCUCCAACAUUUGUUUGUAAUUCACUCUAAUUGGUUUGGUGUUUUUCGAUAUCAUGACAAGGGAUAGGAAAAUAGGGGUAGCCGUAGAUUUCUCAAAAGGAUGCAAGAUUGCUCUAAAAUGGGCCAUCGAUAAUCUGAGCCAUGAAAAGGGCGAUACCUUGUAUGUCAUCCAUGUCAUGCCCUCCCAAGGCGCAGAGAGUCGCAGCAUUCUUUGGUCUUCAACCGGAUCACCUCUGAUUCCGUUCACGGAGUUCCGCGAAAAAUCGGUGAUGGAGAAGUACGAGGUUGAGCUUGAUGCAGAGGUCGUGGAGUUGCUUGAGACUGCGUCUAGGCAGAAACAUGUGACUGUCGUGGCGAAGCUCUACUGGGGAGAUGCAAGAGAAAAACUUUGUGGGGCAGCUGAAGAACUAAAGCUUGACUGCUUGGUCAUUGGCAGCAGGGGCCUUAGUACCAUCCAAAGGGUGCUGCUGGGAAGUGUGUCCAGCUACGUUAUGGCAAAUGCAAAGUGCCCCGUUACCGUUGUCAAGGAUCAUAGUGUUUGAUUGGAUGUUGAAUUGCUUGUAGCAAAAUGUUAAUUUUAUAAAUGCAAAGUCCAAGGAUGUGUUCAAUAAUUUAAUCUUUGUUUGUAUGAAACUACGCAUUGCUGUAUCCAGUUUGGAUAAUGAUUUGAAUUAUGUGUGUGGUUCCCUA